UUUACAAACUAGUUAGUUGGAGCAAGGCAAGUAUGACGUUCACACGGCUGCACGUAGUUUUAUCACAACUGACAUUGUUCUUGUUAUUGGCCGGGAAGAUAGACAGUUAUACGCUCCCUGUAGAUGUAGAAAAUGAAAAACCAGCCAGUCCUCGCCAUGGGAAAACAUUUGAACUGAAGAGUGGUGUCAUCGCAAAUUUGUUCAUGUGGCGAUGGUCAGAUAUUGCCGAUGAAUGUGAGCAGUUUUUGUCCAAAAAAGGAUUUGAUGGUGUCCAAAUCUCUCCCCCUGUUGAGCACGUUAAGCCAGAUGGGCUCUGGGAUAGGUACCGGUACCAAGUGGUCUCAUAUCAGCUGAUAAGCAGUUCAGGGAGUGAGAAUCAGCUGAGAAAUAUGGUUAAAAGGUGCAACAAAGUUGGUGUCAGGGUGUUUGUCGAUGUUAUAAUCACCCAUAUGACAGAGGUUACUGACCGAGAUGGCGUGGGAGGUUCAUCUUUUUUCCCUGAAGACAAGUAUUACCCAAGCGUUCCAUACACUAAAGAACACUUUCAUCCACGUUGUGAAAAAGAGACAGAGUGUGCAGAAGGUAGUGUGAAUAACUUAGACCUGUCUCUUGAAUAUGUAAGGGAGAAGAUUGUGGAGCAUUUAAACCACUUGAUAGAAAUCGGGGUAGCUGGUUUUAGAAUAAAUUUGGCCAGUUUUACGGCUGCUGAUAACUUGUCAGUGAUCUACCAGAGACUGCAUUAUCUCAACACAGAACACGGUUUCCCUGCAGAGACUAGGCCUUUGAUAUACCAGGAGCUCCUGGAUUUAGAGGGUGAGGAUCCAAUAAAGUAUGAGGAGUACACCCCACUAGGAUUAGUCUUAAACUACAAGUUUGGCCAUCAGUUGGCGGAGUUUUUCCUAGGCAACAAAAAACUCAAAGAUCUUCAGAACUUUGGCUCAGAAGAAAGUAUCCUACCAAAACGACAACUGGUUGUGUUUGUUGAAAAUCAUAUCACGGAAGGAAACAUUAAUCAUCUAAGCUACAAGAAAUCAAAAGUGUACAAGAUGGCAGUGAUUUUCAUGUUGGCUCAUGCAGAUUACACUUCCAAUAUAUUUUCGGGUUACUCGUUCGAAGAUGACCAUCAAGGCCCACCUGAUCUGCCCCCUCGUCCUAUCAAGAGAAACAUUUGUUCCAACGGUUGGGAGUGUCAACAUCGGUGGCGCCAGAUAUACAACGCAGUGGAAUUCCACAACGUUGUCAAAGGUACGCCAGUGAUAAAUUGGUGGUGGAGCAAGGAGAAAAAUCAAAUUGCAUUUUGUCGAGGGAACAAAGGAUUUGUGGCUUUCAACUUGGACUCUGUCAAAUUAAAUGAGAAUCUCCAGACAUGCCUGCCAGAGGGAGAAUAUUGUGAUAUCAUAUCUGGAGAAUUUACAACUACAGGGUGUUCUGGCAAAACAAUAAAAGUUGAAAAAGACGGAAAAGCAAACAUAGUUAUACCAGAGAACGCAAGUACUGAUGACGGUGUUGUAGCAAUCCACAUUCAAUCUGGAACUGUGUACGGAGAUGGGAAUUCGGAGAAAACUGAGAUGUAAUUUCUACAAAUGAAAAUGUAUGAAAUACAAAUAAAUGA